AUGUCCGCUCAGCACCAAGAUUUCGACUUUGACUUCGUCCUCGAGGCUGUCAACAACGCCGUCACCAUGGACGCCGUCCGACAGGCCCAGACUCCCCCGUAUGACAUCGGACCAGUUGAUCCGUUGGCCGAGGAACAGCAGAACCAGUUCCUGCUUGCGGCCAUUCAAGCCGACGCUCAGGAGAUUCAGGUCAGGCAGGACGCGGCCAUCGCUGCGGCGUUGGCGGCCAGGGAGCGAGAGGCUGCAGCGAAAAAGGCAGUGCAGCGAUGGGUAAAGACGCAAAGGGCAAAGGCCAAGCGUGUUGAGAAGUCACGGGAUGUCGCCGAACAUGGCGUCCCCGCCGAGUACCCCUGUUCGUCGUGCGCGAACAAGAAAAGAGGUGAUAAGAGGUGUCUGGUUGUCCUCUAUGAGUUCAAAUGUCACUGCUGCAUUGCGCAGAACAAGCUUCGAAACGAGCCUAAGCUUGCGUCUCUAACCCAAUGA